CAGACAGUGACAGACCAUGACCGAUUUUGACAUUACGUAACAGGAUUUCUAGGGCUUACAUAAAAAUCAGCGUAAAAUUUGUUAAAAAUGGGUCUACAUUUUGGUGAACUUGCGAAAAUCCGUGGAAUCAUUUCAUACAAGAUUUCACCUCACGAACAAAGGGCUUAUGCAGGAGCUAUUUCCAAUGGAAUACCCAAUAUCUUCCGGAGAUUUCGUGAAAAGGUUUUCAUAGUUGCUCCACCUUUCAUCGUUGGAUAUUUGGUUUAUGAAGCUGUUGAACGAGAGCAUCAUAGGCUCUCCCGCAAAAACCCUGCUGAUUUUGAAAAUGAUCAAUAAGUAUUUUGAAUUGAUACAUCUGUAGUACAUUAUUAAAUUUAUUGUUAUGUAAGCA